UGUCAAGUCAAUGUUCAGUCAACUAUUUCGAAAGCUAUUCUUCCAAAAAAAAAUCAAACUAUUAAGAAAGCUACUCUACUUCUACUUUAGCUCUAGAAACUAGAAUUCAUUGUUACCCCAAGUAUUGCUUUGCCUCGUCAAGAAGAGGUUCUUUUUACUAUUUUUAAUGUACCAACCGUACCGCACUAAUAAUGAUACUGGAGAAGCAAAAGUAAAUUGGAUGGUACUUUGUGAACCUUAAACGAAACAUCAUCAAUGGUCUUAAUGACUUUGCAGAGGAGAACAGGGAAUAUAUAAAGCUAAACCAAACGUAUCAUCUUUAUAUUUGUAUUUAUUUAUGAGGAAGAUCAUUGAGACUGAAGAGUUUUGAAGAGAAGACUUUUUUUCUUGAAAAGAAGAGAAGACUGUGUGUUGAGCAACUAGGAUGGCUUAUGUUCCACCCCAUAAAAGAGUUUCAAAGAACGAUAAUGAUGGUGAUGGUGAAGGUUCUUCACAAAGUCCCAUACCAAAGCCAGAAUUGCCUCCAUUUCUCACCAACUACAAAAAUCCAAAACACAAAUCAUCUGCCCACUACCAGCAGGUCGGGGAUUAUAAAUAUGAUGGUAUAUUCAAAUGGUUCGCUGUUGGUUUGGAUGAUGAUAAUCAUUUCCCGCCUUCUCUUAAUCUCCGAACUGUUUCUGGGAAAUCCCUUCAAGGGAAAAUUGUCCGCCGUCAAGUUUUACAUUAUCACAGUGAUGAUACAACUGAACGGAGUAGCAACAGAGUAACACAGAGCUUUACAAGACAGCCAUGGGAAUACAUUACAGAGAAUCUUCUUCAAGACUUGUUUUCUUCUUUUGAUGAAUAUAGGUGCAAUAGGGAGUCUGAUCUGGACCACGAAAAAGUUUUUCCAAAGACAAUCCACAUAAUCUUUCGAUUUGGCAAAGUUUUCUUUUCUAGUUGGGGGCCUUCCAAUUAUGAACAAAAACUUGAGAGAGCUACGAAUUAUUUGCUUUCUGAAGACACACUGGGGGAGCGGAGAAGCUCAUUUUACACAAAUAUUCCUAAUUCAUAUGUGGAAUACUUAAUAAAGGAAGGUGCCUCAAAGUCUGGGCUUGAAUUUGAACAAGAGAAAGAACUCUAUCGUGUAUAUUUUCAUGACGUGACACAACCUGGUAAAGUUAUGUUUUGCAAAUGUAUGAUACUGAAAGAAGAUGGAAAACUUCAUGUAUCCAAGAUGGAGUACAGCCAUUCACACUACAUGGUCAGGGACAUAUCUUGCCUGGAAAAGAAUUUGGAUAUGAGGUUGGAUCUAUGCACCAGAAGAACUAAAACUGUUUCUAGUGAUGAGGACAUGCAAUGCCUGAAAGAUUUUAUUAGUUAUGCUAUUGUGGAUACAAAACUCAAGAUUGGACUGAGAUGGCCUUUGGGGAUGACUGUGGCAGGAGAUAAAUUUUAUUUGGGUGAAAUAUGGCGCAUAAGUCUUAAAACUUUCAAGGGCCCAUCUCUAAGAUUGAAGAUCAGAGAUGUUUCUCGGUCUACAAGAGAGGAAACUAGGAGGGAGGUUUCUGUUAAGAUGAAAGGAUUAGCUUCAGAAUUUCUGAAACAAGAUGCUGAUAGAAAUCUCAUUAGUGAGAUGUUUAAGGAUGACUUGAAGGUUCUAUGGAACAACAUUCUUUGCUGUGAUGAACGCUUUCCUAACGAGAUCAUUUUGGAACAAAGUAUUAGAUCCACAUGGUUUGCUGUUGGUUUGGAUGAUCAUGAUCAGUUUCCACAUUCUGUUCAUCUCCAACCUCGAUCAUUAUUGUCCCUCCAACACAAAUAUGCUUUAGUUAACAGUGAUCUUGCUAAACAAAGUUGCAGCAAAGUAAAGGCAGAGAGCUCUACAAGAAGCCCUUGGGAAUACAUAGCAGGAAAGGUGCUACGAGUUUUAAUUUCUUCUUUUCAAGAAUGGAGGAAUAAAAUGGAGUCUGAAGAUGUAAAUAAUACACCAACUGUAAUAGCUAUCUUAGGGAAAGUUAUUUUUCAUCGGAGGCCUUCAGUCAACCAAGAAUUUGCCCAAAAAAACAUGCUUUCUGAAGACGCAUUGAGACUGGUAGAAAAAUCAUUUUACACAAAUAUUCCUGAUAAUUCAUAUGUGGAAUACAUAAUGAAGGAAGGUGCCUCAAAGAGUGGACUUGAAUUUGAAAAGGAAAAAGAAGUAUUCCAUGUAUAUUUACGUGACACCACAGAACGAGAUGGAUUUAUGUCAUGCAAAUGUAGGGUACUAGAAGGUGGAAAGCUUCAAUUGUACAAGAUUCGACCUGGGGACUCGUUUUGUGUGCUGAAGCAAAUAUCUUGCCUUGAAAAGAAUUUAGAUAUGGAACUGGAAGUAAUCUUCAAAGAAACUGUUACUGAUAUUAUUGAGGAUGAGAUGCAAAUGAUUGGAAAUUUAAUUGAUUCUGCUAUAGUAGAUAGAAAUGUUCAGGGUGGUCUGAGAUGGCCCUUGGGGAAGACUGUUUUUGGCAAUAAAUUUUGUGUUGAUUCAGUCUUCCACAUAACACGUAAAAUAUACAAAAAUUCGUCAUUCAAGCUGAAGAUAAGUGAUUUUGAUCUGUAUAAUUUUGAGUCUUCAAAAGGGGGACAAACUAAAAGGGAGGUUGUUAUGUCUUUGAAAGGAUUAUCUUCAGAAUUACUGAAACAAGAGGUCCAUCUCAAUGUUAUUAUGGAGGUACUGAAGGAGGAGUUGAAAGUUCUAUGGAACUACUUUCUCUAAAGUGGAGACUUUGCAACAUUAUAUUGAUUGGGGUAAUCAAUAUAAUGUUAUUACGGAGACUUUGCAUAUCUUAUUCUACACUUCUACUUUUAUUUACAUUAUUUAUUAAAUCGAUGUAUGCAUUUAUCUUUAUUAGCAUUAUAAAACAAACUAGGCAGCGGUCUUUUUAAUAAUUGAAAACAUCACUUUAAUCUAUUCUUUUCUCAAUGUAUUGCUUUUAUGUCAUAUUUUUUCUCUUUUUUGCUUCUAAUUAAAUUUACUUUAUCAAUCAUGUAUUGUGCUUACACCUUUUAUUUUUUAUACUAAUAUCCUCUUGCAAAAUAGAAGUACUACCGAUAA